CUACUAACUGCAUUGAUGUGUUCUUUUCAGGGAUAAACAGUGACCAGAAACAGCUGCAAACUUCAUUCCAGCAUCCAUGUGACCCUUCACGGACAGUGCAGGCACUAAUUGAUCCACCGCAUGUCUUCAAAUGCACAAGGAACAAUCUUCAGAAGGUUGGAAAGUUUCUGCUACCGGAAGGACAUGAGGUCCAUCACUUCCACUACUCUGCCCUGCUGGAGUACGAGGAGCAACAGGCUGGCCUUCGGGCUGUCCCGAAGCUCACAAGGGCUCAUCUCCCUGAACGCCUUCCAGAAGAUGAGUGUCUGGCUUGCUGUUCACCUUUUCAGCGGAAGCACGGCGUCUGCAAUGGAGUUUUAUAGCAAGCCAGAAGGCUGCCAAAAGCUACAUAACUCCGCAGGUACAUACGACUUCACGAAGCAGAUGAACGAUCUAUUUGACUGCCUCAACUCAAGAAGACUACAGGACGUGCAAUACAACGAAGCCGAGCACAUCGCGACUUUGAAGGCGAACAUAAAGUGGCUGGAGGAUUGCUGCACAUACAUAGAGAGCCUGCUGAAGCAGAGGCCGGUGUGCUUCCUUAGCAAACCAACUUGUGGCGCACUGAGGAUAAGGCUGCACAGCACGGUGGCCCUGAUUGAUCGACUCUUGAAGUCUGGCUUCCGUUAUGUUCUAGUUGGAAACCUCGGCCAAGACCGUUUAGAGCGCUUCUUUGGGAUAGCCAGGCAUGUUGCAGGAGACGGGAGCCAACCAACUGUUCAGCAGUUUUUGUUUAUAUACCGGAUGCUGUCGGUGAACAACCUUGUGCGGCCACCUAUGCGAGCUUCAGUUGACGGAAGCGGGCCACAACUGCUUCUCACUCUGCAAGGUCUUUUUUACAAGGAAACGCCCUCUACGACUCAGGUAUUUUGCAAUUUCCGUUCUACUGGACGAUGUCCUGCUGGAGCCAACAACAGACUGCGUGAAGGACAUUGGCCCCCUUUCGACCGAAGACUCAAUUUUGGAUUACCUCGGCGGAUAUGUGGCCAAGACGUUUUCUACAUUGGAUUGCUUAGGCUGCAUCGAAACGAUGUUGAGCACAACACGUCAGCCAUCUGCCUUGAUCCAAACAAAAUCGAGGGGCUAUUUGAAAGUACCUAG